ACCCUUGUACAACCAUAGACAAUCGAGAGAGAGAGAGAGAGAGAGGCCGCUAUUCCUCCUCUUACAGCCGUAUACAUGGAUGAUUAAUAAAAUGAUUAGCAUUCUCAGGGACACGUGAUUCGUCCUCCAAGGGUGCCGGGUAGGCGGCUGCCAAGAUGGCGCUGACGCGGUACCGUCGCUUCCUGAAGCUCUGCGAGGAGUGGCCGGUCGAGGAGACCAAGCGCGGGCGUGACUUGGGCACCUUCUUGCGGCAGCGGGUAGCUCAAGCCUUCCGGGAGGGAGAGAGUACGCAGAUUUCUGAUCCAGUGACUUGUGAUGAAAUGUUUGAGAGCUUAGCCAGAAUUCAUACCAACUACUAUAAAACCAAGUAUCCACGUUUGAAAGAUACAAGCUUUACUGGAGUUUCGGUGGAAGAAUGCAAGUUGGUUAUUGCAACAGAUAGCUUGAAGCAGAUGGAAGAAGGGAAGAAAGGGAAAUGGACAAAGUUACGUGAAAGGUUCUCUGCCAAGAAUCCUGAAGAAGAAUCCAAGUGAUGAUUUCUUGUUCCUAACCCAUUUUCAUAAAGCACUGGAUUUUGUCAGUAUGGAUAAGCCUUCCUGAAACAGAUUCCCCCUGCCCCCAUUUGUUUACAUACAAUAUUAUUAAGCUUCCUAAAUCAGGAGACUCAGAUUUGGCAGAGACAUUCUUAUCUCACAGACAGCACCUGAGUAUCAGUAAAAGAGUGAGAAAUCAUUCUUAAACUGGAAAAGCCAAAAUAUUUGGCUACAUUAGUUUUAUGGGAGUAUAUACGGACGUUUUCAGCUAUAUUUGCAGUAUAUAACGGUGGCAACUGCCAUUCUGUGACUGUUUGCAUGUUCUUCUGUGAAAGACUGUACAAUUGGAUGUCCGCCUCCUGCAGCUGAUGUGCUGGAAAGGAAUGGUGUUGUAUUUCUUAAAUCUUUGGCUCCAGAGAGACUGAUUCAGAAUUCAAAGAGAAUAUUUCCAAACAAAUAUAGUUGUUAUACUGGAUAA